AUGGAAACCAAAUCUCCAAAGAGUCCAGGCAAGCAACUUACAUUUUAUUAUGAAAAUGAAGUCUAUAAACAAGAUUACUUUAUUAAGUCACCACCUCCUCAGCUUUUCUCCUCCGCAACCUCUUGGAAAAAGCGUUUUUGUGUCCUGUCAAAGAAUGGGGAAAAGGGUCUUACUCUUUCCUAUUACAAAGACCAUCACCAACGAGGUUCCCUCGAAAUUGAUCGAAAUGCCAGCGUCAACGUGGGUAUAAAUAGCCAGGAAAAGCUUCAAUCUGUGCAGAAGAUGUUUAAAUGCCACCCGGAUGAGGUGAUGUCCAUCAGAACCACUAACAGAGAUUACUUCCUCAUCAGCCACGACAGGGAGAAGAUUAGAGACUGGGUCUCUUUCAUAUCAUCGUUUUGCCAUGGUGUACGAGCAGCUCACCAGAACACCCAGGAGGGACCCUCACUGGGUGAUACAAGGCCGGCUUCCUACCCCAGCCCUGUCUUUGGUCCUUCCAGUGUGAUGGAGGCUGUGAGCCCCACCUCGCCACGAAACAGCCUUCCAGACAUGUAUUUAAUGGAAAAAAGUUCUCCAGGAUUCAAGCAGGCUCAUCUUCCGCGUGAUUUCUUGUCAAAGACCACUCAAGACACACAAGAAGAAAGUUAUUAUCUUAGUCCUCGAAGUGUUCUUUUAGAGUUGGAUAAUGUUAUUGAUUCCAAUGAUUCUGGUGAAUCCAUUGGACCUGGUAGUGAAGACCAGGUCCCCAAGACAACUGAAUGCCAUUACAUGUCAAUGAAAUCCUGUUUUUUCAAGGCUACACUCAAUGCAUCUGCUGGCUGCCCAGAGGAGGCCCAGACCUUUCCAGAGCCCCAGGAUGGAGGCCCCCAACUGCAGGAACCAGAUUCAGGAAGUGAUCUGUGUCUUUCACCUGCCAAUCCAGAAACACAGGCCACGGAUGAUAAGAAGGGAUCGGCCUCACUGACUGUUGUGAAAUUGUCUAUAUUACUCAACAACAUCCCUGAUGAGAGCCACUUGGAGAUGCUCGACGUGUUCCUUUCUCCGCCAGAUGUCAUAAACUAUCUUGCUCUUGUCGAAGCGGCCGGACGGAUAUGUGUGGCCAGGUGGGAAGGCCCCCCACAUUUGGGAUGCUUAUUUUGCCAUGGAGAUCAUGUCUUGGCCGUGAAUGACCUGAAACCCCAAAGCCUGGAGGAGGUCUCCUUGUUUCUUACCCGAUCCAUACAGAAAGAGAAAAUAAAGCUGUCCAUCGGGCGGAUCCCAAAUUCAGAGAAAUUCCAUGCUGAGGCCUGUACAUGCCUCUUAAAACACCAACGAGUUGCACUGAUCCAACAGGAGAAGUCUGGACUGCAGAGGGCACCAAAGAGGAGCCCAGCCAUUAAAAAGGGCCAUCAGAAAGGGACUGGGGAGUAG